AGGGAAAGGAAACCUCGUCGCCCCAAGUCCAAUAAUUCAACCCUAAACCCCACGGAGAGGCCAAAAGCCCCCGAACGCGAUUUCUCCCCACCAUUUUCCUCCUGCUUCCUCCUUCCAUGAUGGAUAGCGCCGGAUAGCGUCCGGAACCAAGAUUCGGGAGCAAUCGCAUCGACACCACCCGAAGGAGGCGACGCCGAAGGAGGAGAGGAGGGAGCCAAGGAAGAGGAGGAGGAACGGGGGGCAAGAUGAGCACGGUGGACAAGAUGCUGAUCAAGGGGAUCCGGAGCUUCGACCCCGACAACAAGAACGUCAUCACCUUCUUCAAGCCGCUCACCCUCAUCGUCGGCCCUAACGGCGCCGGCAAGACAACGAUCAUCGAGUGCCUGAAGCUGUCCUGCACCGGCGAGCUGCCACCCAACUCACGCUCCGGCCACACCUUCGUCCACGACCCCAAGGUAGCAGGUGAGACGGAGACAAAGGGGCAGAUUAAGCUGCGGUUUAAGACAGCAGCGGGAAAGGAUGUGGUGUGCAUCCGAUCCUUCCAGCUUACCCAAAAGGCAUCAAAGAUGGAGUUUAAGGCAAUUGAAAGCGUCCUUCAGACUAUAAAUCCACACACGGGGGAGAAGGUCUGCCUCAGCUAUAGAUGUGCUGACAUGGAUAGAGAGAUUCCAGCCCUAAUGGGCGUUUCAAAGGCUGUACUGGAGAAUGUUAUAUUUGUUCACCAAGACGAGUCCAAUUGGCCGUUGCAGGACCCAUCAACGCUUAAGAAGAAGUUUGAUGACAUCUUCUCUGCCACCCGCUAUACCAAAGCUCUUGAAGUUAUAAAGAAACUUCACAAGGAACAGGCGCAAGAGAUCAAGACUUUUAGGUUGAAGCUGGAGAACCUUCAGACUGUAAAAGACCAAGCGUACAAGCUCCGUGACAAUAUCGCGCAAGAUCAAGAGAAGUCAGAUGCCUCAAAAUCUCAAAUGGAGCAACUGAAGACAAAGAUCCAAGGUAUCGAGAACAGAAUUCUGCAUAUUGAAACAAAUUUGGAUGAAUUGAGAAGACUUCAGGGGCAAAUUAGCACCAAAACAACUGAGAGAAGUACAUUAUUUAUGCUUCAGCAGCAACAGUAUGCUGCUCUUUCUGAAGAAAAUGAAGAUACUGAUGAGGAACUAAUGGAAUGGCAAACAAAAUUUGAGGAAAGGAUUGCAUUACUGGAAACUAAAAUCAGUAAACUAGGAAGAGAGAUUGAUGAUGAAGGAACAAAGGGAUCGUUGCUGUCCCAGACUAUCUCUGAUUUAACACGGGAAAUAGGAAAGCUCCAGGCUGAAGCUGAUGCUCACAUGUCCAUGAAGCAGGAACGAGACUCAGACAUCAAAAAAAUAUUCACCAAACAUAAUCUCGGGCCAAUUCCUGUAUCUCCUUUUACAAACGAUGUUGCCAUGAACCUUACAAACAGAAUUAAAGCGAGACUCUCGAAUCUUGAGAAUGAUUUGCAGGAGAAGAAGAAAUCUAAUGAUGAACAGCUAGAGUUUUUGUGGCAAAGCUAUCUGAAAGUAAAUUCUCGCUACUCUGAAGUUGAUGGCCAGAUACAGUCUAAGAGUGAAUCCAUGUCAGGGAUUUCAAGGCGCACAAAAGAUAAAGAGAAAGAACGCGAUGCUGCAGAAGUGGAGCUUUCAAAACUUAAUCUGUCCCGUAUUGAUGAAAGAGAAAGACAUAUGCAAAUUGAAGUUGAGAGGAAGACACUUGCCCUCGGAGAAAGAGACUAUGAUUCAAUUAUAAAUCAGAAACGGACAGAAAUAUUUUGUUUGGAUCAGAAAAUAAAAGCACUUCAGCGGGAGAAAGAUAGCAUUAAUAGAGAUGCUGAUGACAGAGUAAAACUGGGCUUGAAGAAGGAUGCGUUGGAAAUCAGCAAGGAGAAGCUCAAGGAGAUAGUUAAUGAGCAUAAGGAUAAAAUCAGAAGUGUUCUUAGGGGGAGGCUUCCUCCUGAAAAGGAUCUCAAGAAGGAGAUCAAUCAAGCCUUUCGGCCUGUAGACAAGGAAUACAAUGAUUUAAAAAUAAAAUCCCAGGAAGCCGAGCAAGAGUUUAAAUUGGCACAGAGUAAGGUGUAUGGUGCUAGAGAACACUUAUCAAAGCUUCGAAAAGAGUUGGAUGGAAAGAGAGGGCUUCUGGACUCGAGACUUCAAUCUAUUUCUCAGAUUUCUGCUGACAUUGACACAUUUCCCAAAGUUCUGCAAGAUGCCAUGAAGAAAAGAGAUGAACAUAAAAGAAAAGAGAUUUAUGCAAAUGGAAUGCGGCAAAUGUUUGUACCUUUUGAACAAGUGGCUCGUGAGCGUCAUAUAUGCCCAUGCUGUGAACGUGCUUUUACACCUGACGAAGAGGAUCAGUUCAUAAAGAAACAAAGGACACAGAGUGCAAAUACUGCUGAGAAAAUUAAAGAUCUGGCAAUGGAAUCGUCAAAUGCUGAAACCUUUUUUCAGCAAUUGGAUAAACUCCGUACAAUCUAUGAUGGUUAUUUGAAGCUGGGUGAUGAGGAUAUACCUUUAGCAGAGAAGAACUUGAAUCAACUUUUGGCGGAUGAAAGCCAGAAGGCGCAGACAUUUGAUGAUCUUGUGGGUGUUCUUGCCCAAGUUAAAAUGGACAGGGAUGCAGUGGAAGUCUUGUUGCAACCAGCUGAUACUAUUGACCGCCAUGUACAAGAAAUACAACAGCUACUAGAAGAAGUUGAGGAUCUUGAAUAUAAACUCGAUUCUUGUGGCCAAGGUGUCAAAUCUUUGGAGGAAAUUCAGCUUGAGCUGAACUCCGUGCAGAGGACAAGGGACACAUUGAGUAUCGAAGUGGAUGAUCUUAGGGAUCAGCACAGAAUGCUAAAUGAUGAUUUGUCAAGUGCUCAGUUGAGAUGGCACACUGUCAGGGAAGAGAAGCUAAAAGCUUCAAGUUCGUUGCAAAGAUUUCAAAAAGCUGAAGAGGAAUUGGUGCUUCUAGCUGAGGAAAAAGAACAACUGAUCAUAGAGAAGAAGCUUUUAGAAGAGGCUCUUGAUCCGUUGUCUAAAGAGAAAGAGAGCUUGUUGCAAGAGUAUAAUGCUUUGAAGCAAAGGUUCGAUCAAGAGUAUCAUCAGCUGGCAGAAAGAAAAAGGGACUCACAGCAAGAACUUGAUGCACUCGGAAGACUCAAUAUGAAGAUCAAAGAGUACUUGGAUUCAAAGAGAGUGGAUAAGCUUAAUGAAUUGCAGGAAAGGCAUUCUCUUUGCCAAUCUCAGUUACAGAAAUGUGUGGCAAGAAAGGAAGACGUAUCGGCUGAUUUAAACAAGAGCAAAGAACUAUUGCAGAGCCAGGGCCAGUUGAAAAGAAACAUUGAUGACAAUCUCAAUUACAGGAAAACAAAGGCUGAAGUAGAUCGACUUACUCGUGAUAUAGAAUCACUGGAAGAGAGGGUGCUUUCCAUAGGCAGUUUAUCUACUGUAGAAGCUGAUCUGAAGCGUCAUUCUCAAGAAAAAGAGAGGCUUGUUUCGGAGUUUAAUAGGUGCCAAGGAACACUUUCUGUAUAUCAAAGUAAUAUUUCAAAGCACAAGCAAGAACUUAAACAGACACAGUACAAGGAUAUCGAGAAGCGAUAUACCAAUCAACUUCUCCAACUUAAGACAACUGAAAUGGCAAACAAGGACUUGGACAGAUACUAUGCUGCUUUAGACAAGGCUCUUAUGCGGUUCCACACCAUGAAAAUGGAGGAGAUAAAUAAAAUAAUCAAGGAAUUGUGGCAGCAGACAUACAGAGGCCAAGAUAUUGAUUACAUAAGCAUCAAUUCUGAUUCUGAGGGUGCUGGCACUCGAUCAUACAGCUACCGUGUUGUCAUGCAAACGGGUGAUGCUGAGCUGGAAAUGCGAGGGCGUUGUAGUGCUGGUCAGAAGGUACUUGCUUCUCUUAUAAUCAGACUAGCACUGGCGGAAACAUUCUGUCUGAACUGCGGCAUAUUAGCUUUAGAUGAGCCAACUACAAAUCUAGAUGGCCCAAAUGCCGAGAGCCUUGCUGCUGCGCUGUUGAGAAUAAUGGAGGCCAGGAAAGGCCAGGAGAACUUUCAGUUGAUCGUAAUCACUCAUGAUGAGAGGUUCGCCCAUCUUAUUGGCCAAAGGCAGCUCGCUGAGAAGUAUUACCGAGUCUCCAAGAAUGAAAACCAGCACAGCAUAAUUGAAGCUCAAGAGAUAUUUGACUGAAGGCUGAAGCGGCGCCGUUCAUUUUUGUGAAGGAUGGUGCCGAAACAAAGAUCAAGAGAGGAAUGGGCGACAGUUAACAAGUCUUACGGUUUGCUACUUAGAUUUGCGCGUUUGGUUCUUGCGGCGCAUGCUGGGGUCGAUCCCAUUGCACCUAGAUUACAUGUAGCCUGUCAUUGUUGUAUAUAAUCUAGAGGAUGGACUGUAUACACCAAAUGCUGCUGAUUGCAACUUUGACAACAUCAUGUAACGUAAUUUAGCGUCCGCUUACCUUGUUGAGAUAUUGAGCAAUUAAAUUGGACAAGGCCCUUACAUGUA